AUGAUCGACUUAUUCGCGAGGCAACGGCAGUGUUUGGUCAUAAUGGGACAUCAUUUUGUGCGCGAUAAAUCACGAUUGCUACAGCAAUGGCGCAACAUUAAAUACGUCGGUGUUCUAUUGCUGGUCAUGUCGGCCCAAGGUCCCAUGAUAAAUUACACCAUUUAUCAUAUUGACGAUUUGCAAUUGGCCACAGCCAGCUUGAGCAUUAGUUUCACCAAUGUUCUGACCGUUAUAAAAAUUACUACGUUCCUCCUCUAUAAAUGGCGUUUUGUGGCACUGACGAGAAAGCUGGAGACAAUGUAUCAGGAAUUGCAGGAGGACAAGGCCAAGGAAGAAUUGGAGGCGUCCAAUCGUUAUGCCACUACUUUGGUUAAAAUUUAUUAUAUGUCAGUCAGCAGCACUGGAAUGUACUUUAUGGUUGCGCCCAUAUUAAAGAUGUUGUGGUCGAAAUUACGAGGCACUCAGUUGGAUAUAGAGUUGCCAAUGCCAAUGAGAUUUCCCUUUGAUUUUGAAUCUUCACCCGGCUAUGAAGUUUGUUACAUAUACACUGGUCUGGUCACCUUAGCGGUUGUCAUGUAUGCUGUAGCCAUUGAUGGCCUUUUCCUCUCAUUCACCAUAAAUUUGGUAGCUCAUCUGAAAAUAUUGCAACAUUACAUAAAAACAAAUACAUUUAAGAAGUCUGACCAGGAAUUGCAAAGUGAUGUUUCAUUUUAUGUUCGUUAUCACAAUAUCAUACUGGAUCUGUACAAGGAAAUACGUGAUGUUUAUGCUCCUAUUGUCUUUGGGCAGUUUUUAAUGACAUCACUACAAGUUUGUGUUAUCGUUUAUCAAAUGGUUACGCACAUCAACACAUAUCUGGUAUUUGUCAUCAAUAGUACUUUUCUGUGUUCAAUUCUCUUACAACUCUUCAUUUAUUGCUAUGGUGGAGAAAUUUUAAAGGUUGAGAGUCUAAUGGUGGGCAUCUCUGUGCAACUAUCCAAUUGGUAUAAUUUGAAGCCAACCCAUCGCCGCAUGCUGUGUUUGUUGAUGCAGCGUUCCCAGCGCGAAGCUAUUAUUAAAGCUGGAUUUUACGAAGCAUCUUUGGCCAACUUUAUGGCGAUUUUGAGGGCUGCCCUAUCAUACAUCACACUCAUACAAUCCAUUGAAUAGGCUUAAUAAGAAUAUACUUGGCGCUGUUAAUUGUUGAUGUGCUGCUAACGGAGGAGGAAACGAAAACGCAAACGUGUAUAUGUACACUCAAAUACGAGGCCAUUCUACUAACAUAAAAAUAAGCUUAAAAGCUUUUAAACUUGUAGUUGAAAUAAUAUAA